AUGGGGGAUGUACUGAAAAGAGCAAGAUUGGAAACAGCAGUCUGGGCUGGAAAGCUGUUACUGCUCUGUGCAGGAAUAGUUUCCACAAUGGUAUUUUUCAAAGUGGUAAUCAUUCCCUACCUCCUUAACCUCACUCUUUCUACUCUUCCCGACCUCUGGACCUCCCUCAGAAGCUACUGCCUCUCUCCACUUUACAUCUACAUCAUCGUCAAUUUUAUCAUCAUAAUCAUCGCUGCCUCCUCCAUAUUUCAAAACCAAAAGCAAAAGCACCCCUCAUCUGUGCCGUCCUCCUACAACUCCGUUAAUAACCUAAACCAUGCCAAGACUACUAGUAUUGAUCAUGAAGAUGACUACCAUACUGUUAUUGAUGGUACAGCAGAGUACAACAGCAACAAGAUCCAAACUAGUAGUCAUUCCGAAAAUGCAACUAUUUCUCCUCUACCUUCGUUGCUCACUCAUCAGUUUUCGAAUGAAAUGAUCAGCUGGCACGACAUCCACAUAGUACAACAAGCUUCUACCGAAGAAGGAGAUGAAUCUAUUACCGUGUCAGGUAAUACUACCGCACCUUCACCGGAGGAACACUCCUCCAAGGAAGAUUCUUGCCUGACGGAGAAGCCGGCCACCGAGGAGGAGGCGGAAGACAACACAUUGGACACGACAUGGAACGCCAUUAUGGAAAGGCAAGGCAAACCGAUAUGCAAUCAUCUUAAAAAGAGUGAGACUUGGGACACGCCGCCUCGGACGACUGGCUUGGUGAGAAGUAGUAUUAUUCCGGCCAGGGAGCUCGUUCAGGAGGAUCAUGUGUUAGAUGAUGAUCAUCAUCAGGACAUCAACAACAAUAAUGAUAAUGUUGUCGAUGAUCGAGUGGCAUGGGCUCGGAAAGAGUUGAAGAAAUCGGAAACUUUUAACGACAGGGUAUCCAUGAUAAGGGAGAAGUCCAUGACUCAGGAAGAGCUGAAACAGCGAGCUGAGGCCUUCAUCAACAAGAUCAACAAUCAGAUGAGGCUUCAGAGGCUAGAAUCCGAUCAACGUUUCAGGGACAUGGUUAGCCGUGGUCUUUGA